CUCCGGGGCAGCAGCAGCGGCGGCCGGGGCCGGGGCCGGGGCCGGGGGCGCCGGCGGGGGACGAUGAAGCGGCAGAAUGUGCGCACAUUGGCGCUCAUCGUGUGCACCUUCACCUACCUGCUGGUGGGCGCCGCGGUCUUCGACGCGCUGGAGUCGGAGCCCGAGAUGCUGGAGCGGCAGCGGCUGGAGCUGCGGCAGCGGGAGCUGCGGGCGCGCUACAACCUCAGCCAGGGCGGCUACGAGGAGCUCGAGCGCGUCGUGCUGCGCCUCAAGCCGCACAAGGCCGGCGUGCAGUGGCGCUUCGCCGGCUCCUUCUACUUCGCCAUCACCGUCAUCACCACCAUCGGCUACGGCCACGCGGCGCCCAGCACGGACGGCGGCAAGGUGUUCUGCAUGUUCUACGCGCUGCUCGGGAUCCCGCUCACGCUCGUCAUGUUCCAGAGCCUGGGCGAGCGCAUCAACACCUUCGUGAGGUACCUGCUGCACCGCGCCAAGAAGGGGCUGGGCAUGCGGCGCGCCGACGUGUCCAUGGCCAACAUGGUGCUCAUCGGCUUCGUGUCGUGCAUCAGCACGCUGUGCAUCGGCGCCGCCGCCUUCUCCUACUACGAGCACUGGACCUUCUUCCAGGCCUACUACUACUGCUUCAUCACGCUCACCACCAUCGGCUUCGGCGACUACGUGGCGCUGCAGAAGGACCAGGCGCUGCAGACGCAGCCGCAGUACGUGGCCUUCAGCUUCGUCUACAUCCUCACGGGGCUCACGGUCAUCGGCGCCUUCCUCAACCUCGUGGUGCUGCGCUUCAUGACUAUGAACGCCGAGGACGAGAAGCGCGACGCCGAGCACCGCGCGCUACUCACGCGCAACGGGCAGGCCGGCGGCCUGGGCGGCCUGAGCUGCCUGAGCGCGGGCGUGGGCGACAGCGCGCACACCACCGAUACGGCCUCGUCCACGGUGGCGGCGGGCGGCGCGGGCGGCUUCCGCAACGUCUACGCCGAGGUGCUGCACUUCCAGUCCAUGUGCUCGUGCCUGUGGUACAAGAGCCGCGAGAAGCUGCAGUACUCCAUCCCCAUGAUCAUCCCGCGGGACCUCUCCACGUCCGACACGUGCGUGGAGCAGAGCCACUCGUCGGCGGGAGGCGGCGGCCGCUACAGCGACACGCCCUCGCACCGCUGCCUGUGCAGCGGGACGCAGCGCUCGGCCAUCAGCUCCGUGUCCACGGGCCUGCACAGCCUGUCCACGUUCCGCGGUCUCAUGAAGCGCAGGAGCUCCGUGUGACCUCCGCGGGGCCUGGCGCGCCUGCGAGCGGGGUGGGGGCUCGGCUCGAAGCGGCAGGGGUCGGCCGGGAGCGCCCUCCCAAGCUGCCUUCGGCCCGCGGGACACCCCCAGCCCCCCCCUCUGUCCCCCAGCCCCCAUCUCCGACUGUGCCUGCUCGCACCAGCUGGCAGGAGGCCGGGCUCUGAGGACCCCUGGAGCCUCCAAUCCAAGCCCUGCAAAUUCCAAGAAAUGUGAAACUUAGGGGAAGGGAGUCGAGGAGGGAAGGCAGAAGCUGGGAGCCUUCUGUCCUUUUGGAAACCUUAGAAGCUCCCCAGUCCUCAGAGGCCCUGCUGGUACCCAGACCCCCACCGCCCGAGGGGACUUCGUGUUCCAUGUACGUUUUGCAUCUCUAUUUAUACCUCUGUCCUGCCAGGUCUCCCACCUCCCCUUGGCUCCCAAAGCCAGGGUGUCUUUGUCCAGGUCACCCCCACUCAACCCCACUCCCCUUCUUGUCCCCAGCUGUGUCUCCCAGCCCCACUACCUUCUGUGUUGUUUUGCAUGGCUUUGCAGUUAUGGAGAAAGUGGAACCCCGGCAGUCCCUAAAGCUAGUCCCCAGAGGGCAGGACGGAAAGAAAGGACAGGCAACAAGAGCAAGAGAGGGGAAUGGGGGAGGCAAGGGCCCCCCAUCCGCAGGGCAGUGGCACGGGUAAGUGACAGCUAACUGGCCUCGGUGGCAUCCUCAUGGGGGAGGGGGGCUCCAGCCUUCCAGACACUGCCCUUGGAAUCUGAGACAGAAAACUCGGACUCACCAUUCCUGGCUGCUGCUGCCGCUGAUCACCAACUCUUAAGUUUGUGGGGUGAUUUUUAGCCUCCAAAAGCAAAGCCCUGCCUACUUAUUGGUUUAAGUCUCACUACACUCCACUUAGAUCACCAGGGCAACAGUUCUUAUCCCCAUCUAACCAAUGAGGACAGAAAGGAAAUGACUUUCCUAAGGUGAUACACAUGGCAAAAGGUAAAAGAGAACAGGAACUCACCUGCUUGUUCCUAGCCCAAGUGCUCUUCCCUUCUAGCCCUGCCUGCUUCCGGAAGCAAAGCUCCUGCCCUGUGUACCAGGAUCCUAAAAGGAGCUGGGGCUUAAAGCAGAGCCAGAAACCCUGGCUGGGCCCUUGCUGAGGCUCAGCCUCUUCCACUCUGGCCUCUGAAUGUCUCCAGGCUGCCUGCUGACAAACACAAAAGUCCUUGGGACCAAGGUAAGCAGGGCUGGGGCUCAUGGGCCAGCUCUAAGAGUUGGGAAUCGGGCAGCACAGCCAAGAGAGCUGGCAGCCACAUCCGACUGGGACAUGAUCCCUGCGCCACAGCCAGUGCCCGUACCUGUGUCCCACGCAGCUAGAGCUAGGCUGCAGCUGCAGGCAGAAACACCCCUCCCUCCAGGAGCCUGGGCCUAUCCCGCCUGCAACCCAGAAGCUCGGGGGGGAAGCAGCAGGUGGAUGUGACGUCCUGGCUCACUCCACAGCUGGAGUUGGUAUAGUUCUGGGGACAGCAUCACAGGUGGCUGAGGGGCCUCUCCCCCACAGAGCUGCCUUCCCAUGCUGUUCCCAGUCAGCUCCUCCACACUGCCCAGCCAGGCUAUCCCUGGCAUCCACCAAGGAAGCCUGAGGGAGGGACCCCUGGGGUGGUCAGCUUCAGGCUCCUCCCCAGCCAUGGCCUCUAACCACAGGGGCCCCCAGGGGAAGAAGCCCGGAGCAGUGUGGAAGAGCUGGCUGCCAUGUGCACCGGGAAGGCCUGCAGCCUGGAAAGGUGCCCUCUGUGUUUAUGUUGGGAGUGGGGCAGUGCUGGCUGCCCCUGUCCUGUGUGUGACCCUGCCCUCAAGGGUCAAGUCCUGUCAGACGUCAGACCCGAGGGAGCCACAACCAAAGCUGCAGAGAGGUGGUGGGAAGGGUGCAGCGCGGCCCGGGGCAGCGCACGGCAGACUGCUGGUCUCCGGCUGGGUCUUUCCUAGAGAACAGGAAGGCCGGUGUUACUUCCCUUCUCACCCCUCCAACUGCAGGCAGCCUUUCUGCUUCCCCGAUGCCUUAUGCCUGGGCACACUGCCACAGAAUAUGCAAUAUGUGUGGGUGACGUGCCCCACGCCCACACCCCACCCGGGCAGCCCCUGAACUCCCCAGGCUGUGGCUGCCAGGUCCCCCUCAGCGCCCCCUGCCUAUCUGUCUUCACACUGAGAAUGGCGCCUAAUAAAUGCUGUCCAUGGAGACCA